GCUGGGUUCAUCCUGGAAGAUAUCUCACUGCUGAGGGUGACCUGGGAAGCAAGGGAGGAUCUUCUGCAACAAUGCAGCUUCCACCCUGGCCCUUAUGUGGUUUUCAUGUGUGCAGCAAUGGUCUCCCACAUGGCACAGUGGUACGGGUAUGUUACCCUUGCUGGGACAAGGAGCACAGUAGCUCUGCCAAGGAACCUGCACAAGCAGAUUGCCCAGCUUCUGCGUGAGACCUUCGAAGAGAUCACUGAGGCCGAUUACCGUGAUGUGAGAGAACACAUCAAUGCCCUAUUCCGCAUGUAGGCAUGCAUGCCGCCCCAAGCCUUCUUUCUGCAACCCUCCCUGCCCUAACAGCCCACACCCAACAACUCCCUUCUCAAAAUAAAAGCCACUUACUGGGCACCUACGCUGCUGUUUGCUCUUCCCCAAGCACCAUCCACUGCGACUGGCUACCUUCCUCCAGGCUUGAAAACAGCUCCUGGCUGCAUGCACCUAUGGAUGCUGGGCCAUCCUCUGGCUCUGCCCCCCAACCCCAGCAAUCAGAUCACAGUUUGUAUAGUUUUUUUCUCUGCAACCAAGAAAACUGAAAACUUCCUUUGUUAGGAAACAAAAGCCAAGAGUCUCACCUCAUCACAGGCUUCCAGGAGCUGGGGCUUUAAUAAACACACCAAAUAUCAUAGAAUGUCAGGGUUGGAAGGGACGUAUGAUCAUCUAGUCCAACUCCCUGCUCAAAGCAGGACCAAUCCCCAGUUUCUGCCCCAGAUCCCUAAAUGGCUCCCUCAAGGAUUGAGCUCACAACCUGGGGUUUAGUAGGCUAAUGCUCAAACCACUGAGCUGUCCCUCCCCACUUAUGAGUGUUGGUGACACUGUGGCUCCUUUACAUUGAGCCAGAGCAGCCUCAGUGUACAUGAGAAUCGGGCUUUGAAAGGUUGAUACCAGUGUAACCAAGGUUUUGGCCUGUGAAUUUCAUAUCGCUAGACUUGGAAGGAUUAGACUUUAUCGGUCGAUGUCUGGAAAUGUCGAUUUACACACACAGACCAUGACAAAAUACUUCCAGUGAUAAUAAUUAAAAUUUACCAAUAGGCACAGUAAGAACAAUGCUGCAUGAGACCUUAUUAGACAUUGAUUAAAGAAUAUUUACUUUGCAUAUCUUGACAUGUGAUGUUGACAAUCUCUAUUUUAAUGGUUAUGAAGCUUUAACUUUUUGAAUCUGUCUCUACUGUCCUUAAAUAUUUAAAAUACUGUCUGAUCCCGCCCUAAAUUUCCCACCAGUGAAAAUUUAAAUUGAUAAAAAUUGGAAUAAAAUGCUUAAAACCCACAUUUUUGUGCACUUGUGAAAGUUUAAAUGGAUAAGCACAAAAAUUGCUUAGAAAUAAACAUCUGUCAAAAUUUUAUAUUAAAAAACGAAUUCUACCAAGCCUGACUAUCACUCCUUAGACACACAGACCCACCCUGCUCCUGCAAGCUCAUCAGGACAGGGGGAUGCUGAUGUCCAUGUGGAGCCCCGGUGACCCUCCACACCAGCACAGGGGGCUGACUGCAGGACCAGAACACUAUUUUUCACGAAACCCUCACAGCUGAAUUGUUACCAGUGGGCUCCUUCCAAUUCAGCGAACAGUGUGCAUCAGUUCCAGGAAGGGAAACACCCAGUUGUUGCUGCAGGCGGGGCAGAGUGUGAACUCAGGAGGAAAUUGAAACUUCUUAGUUCUUACCCGGUUACACUGCCGAGAGGGAGCCAUGGCUGCAGAGAACCCCGUGGAAAGUCUGCAGGAGGAAGCGACAUGUCCCAUCUGUCUGGAGUAUUUUAAGGACCCAGUGAUUACAAACUGUGGGCACAAUUUCUGCCUAGCCUGCAUCAGCCAGUGCUGGGAGGGACCCGACACAGCCACCUCCUGCCCUCAGUGCAGAGAAACUGUGCAACAGAGAAACCUCAGGCCCAACAGGCAGCUGGCAAACAUGGUAGAAAUCGCCAAUCGGCUGAGUUUACAGGCAAAUGAGGCAGCGAAGGGAGCAGGAGGAGAUGGGGUGUGUGGGGAACACCAGGAAGCUCUGAAACUGUUCUGUAAAGAGGAUGAAACUUCGAUCUGUCUGGUUUGCCAUCUGUCCCGGACUCACAGAGCUCAUACAGUGGUUCCCAUAGAGGAGGCUGCCCAGGAGUACAAGGAAAAACUUCAGGCCCAUUUGAAGACUCUGAGAGAAGAGAGAGAAAAGCUGCUGAAAUCAAAAGUGACUGGAGAAGGGAAAAGCUGGGAGUAUCUGAUACAGACACAAACCGAGAGGCAGAAGAUUGUGUCUGAAUUUCAGCAACUGCGGCAGUUCCUGGAGGAACAAGAGCGACUCCUGCUGGGCCAGCUGGACAAGUUGGACGAGGAGAUUGUGUGGAUCCAGAAUGAAAAUGUCAGUAUAUUCUCUGAGGAGAUUUCCCAUCUCAGUGAGCUGAUCAGUGAGCUGGAGGGGAAGUGUCAGAAGCCAGCAAGUGUAUUCCUGCAGGAUGUCAGAAGCACCUUGAGCAGGUGUGAGAAGGGGAAGUUCCAGCAGCCAGAGGAGAUUUCUCCUGAACUGGAAGAGCGGGUCCGUGGUUACUUCCAGAAAACUCUUACGCUAUUGGAGACUCUGAGGAAGUUCAAAGACACUCUGCCGUCUGAACUGGAGACAAAAAGAGGGGAACCACUUGGAGCACACAGACAGGCGAAUGUGACUCUGGAUCCAGACACGGCUCAGCCUGACCUCAUUCUGUCUGCAGACUGGAAGAGUGUGAGAUGGGAAUACACACGGCAGGAUCUUCCCGACAACCCUGAGAGAUUUGACACUGCUCUCUGUGUGCUGGGCUGUGAGGGAUUCACCGCAGGGAGACAUUGCUGGGAGGUGGAGGUGGGGGGUGGGGAACGCUGGGCUGUGGGGGUGGCCAGAGAGUCUGUGAGGAGGAAGGGGGUGAUCAGCCUCAGCCCUGAAGGGGGGAUCUGGGCUGUGGAGCGGUGGUGGGGUCAGUUCCGGGCUCUCACCUCCCCUGAGACCUCCCUGCCAUGGUACCGGGCCCCCAGCAGGAUCCGGGUUUGUCUGGACUGUGACCAGGGGCAGGUGACAUUUAUCGAUGCUGGUGACGAGGCCCCGAUCUUCACUUUCCCACCGGGCUCCGUCCCUGGGGAGAGAAUCCACCCCUGGCUCUGGGUGGGGCCAGGAUCCCAGCUCCGCCUGUGUCCCUGAGACAGGGUGGGGUGUCAGGGUGUGUGUGUGUGUGAUAUCCCACUGGGGGUCCUGAGAUCAGCCUCUCUAGCCUCACAGUCUGUAUGACCCUGGAGGUUGCUUCGGGUCUCAACUCUGUGCAGCCUCAGGACUGUCAAACCAUAGAGAGCAUUCAGUGAGCGAGGCAGAGAAGCCGAUCUCAUUGCCCUAGAAAAAAAUGCUGAUCACCCACUGGGGGGGGCGACUCCUUUUCCCCUGCCCCUCGGCCGCCCCGCCAAUCAGCUCAUCAGCAUCCCCUCCAGAGCCUCCCACCCGCCACCAUCCGCUGUUUCGUGGCAUGCCGAAGGCGAUGGGUGGGGCGGGCCUGGGCGAUGCAUGGCCCAGAUGCCACCAGUGGAAGGGCCGGCACCAGCCCCUGCCAGGCUAGCCGCCGAGACACUGCUCUGCAUCCGUGCGUGGCAGCUACCCGAGAAAGCCUGGCUGGGGAGGUGAUUUCUUCUCCUGAGCUGGGCUCAGCUGCCAGAGUUUGGCACCCGAGCCCAGGUAGGGAGCGGAAGCGGCCUUUCCAGCCAGACUCUCUCAGGCAGCUGCCCCAGCAAGAGGGGCUGGUGUUAAAAGGUGUCUUCUUCCUGCUCCUCCCUGGGCUCCUGCCCGCCAGGGACAGCGGCAGAACAUGCCGUGAGGAGGGGCCGAUGCAGCGGGAGGAAAAAGCACACACACACCCCGCAGGUAGCAUGGGGCCGGGAGGGCGCGGUGGCCCUGAGGCUGGGUGCAGGGGCACGAGACCCGCCCUUUAGAUCGUGGCCCCCCCCCUAUUACGGGGAGACAGCAGUUGAAUAUGGAGCAUCCUGGGGGAGGGGGUGAGAAGGGGUGGAGUGGGGGGUGGGGCAUAGGAUGGAGUGUGGGGGGGUUGAGCACCCUCCGGAAAAUCUAGAGGUCGGUGCCUAAAUAGACAAGCCGAUCUCAUCACUGCCCCAGGAAUUGUGCAGCCUGUUUGCCACUGUUCUCUAUGGUCCAGGAGGACUCUGGGGAUCCUGGGUCAGACAGUGACACUGAGACAUGAGGGGGAACAGCCCCCUGGGCAUGGAAAAAUGGGUUUCUCUAGCCAAGUUAUCCUAGCCCCUAUGGCCUGGAGGACUCCUGUCUACCCAGCCGUCUGGCCUCUUAGCUCUAUGAGCCCUGGAAGCUCCUCCCCACUCCCUCCCUGCAGCACCAUGGAUGGAGGGAUGGGGGGGGGAAGGGCCAGUGGAACUUCAGGAGGAGCAGAGGGGCAGAGGUGGGGGCUGGGCGGGGGGUAGAAUUAAGAGCCGGGCUGGGGACAGGCAGGUGUGGGGUGGAGGGACACAGAUUUAAUUAAACUGUGGUUUUGGGGAGAAGCUGGCGCAAGAAGGGUUUCCCUGGAGCUAGCUGGAAACACAGGGGCUGAGGGAUUGGCUGGCUGGUGUGCGGGAGGCAGGAAGCCAGGAGAAGCAGUCGUGAGCCUGGUCUCCGCAGGAAACUGAGAGACAGAACUUGCUUCCGGGACAGGGACCCCUGGAAAGGCAGACGUGCAUUUCUGAGUAAGGAAACUGCCGGCUGCUGUUUGUUUCUACCGUGUUCAGGGCACAGGAAUGUGCGGACAUUGUAAAUAAUAAAGAUGGCACCAAA